AUGGCAGAUUUGUAUGGCCCAACAGAUGCAUCAAUGCGCAAGAUGUUCCGCACCACUCUCUCCAAGCGGGCCAUGAAUUGGUUCAACUCUCUACCUACAGGAUCGAUCGACACCUUCUCUCGAUUAUCGCAACGCUUCACCAACCAAUUCGCCAUCAACAAACAAUAUGCCAAGACCCCAACACACCUUUUCUCUGUCAUACAGAGAGACAACGAAACACUCCGCAACUACAUCAAGCAUUUUGUGGAAGCUGUCCAAGAAGUCCCAAGCGUAGGACAAGACAUGCUCUCCCGGACCAUGCACCAAAACUUGAAGUCGGGUAGAUUCAAAGAAUCUAUUGCCGGAAGGCCUCCUAGAAACCCCGAUAAAUUGUUAAAUCGAAUUGAUAAAUACGUACGAAUGGAAAAAGCUGUUAGAAGGAAGAAGGAAGAUGACCGACAAGACGUUAGAGGACGGGAUGAUCGACGUCCACCACCCCCACCUCAAGGCCAACCAUCUUCCUCCUACAAUCGGUUCACUACGCUAAACACUCGCCUCACUGAAAUCCUUCGUGUGAUAGAACAAAGAGGUCUGGCAGAGCAUCCACGCCCAAUGCAGCCCAACGCGAAACGAGAAAGAUCGGAUCGCUAUUGUCGAUUCCAUAAACAUAAAGGACAUACUAUCAAGGAAUGUGCACAACUUAAAUUGGCAAUCGAGAGGCUGAUCAAGCAGGGCCACUUAGGCAAAUACAUUGAUAAGCCUCGUCGAAAUAAGCGCCAUGAUGACCUCCCACGCCGAGAUAAUAAUCGAGAUCAACGCAACGACGAGAGGAGGGGGGUCAUCGGCGCGAACAAGAUAACAAUGAUAACCAACCCACCCGGGGAGUCAUUGCCUUCAUCUCCGGAGGACCAGCGGGUGGCGACUCACAAAAUGCGAGACGCACCCUCGCUCGAUCACCACGUAUGA